CCUAUGGGUGGCCGCGGGAGCAGUCAUGGGGCGGGAGCGAGCGAGUGGGACGCUGGCGACAAUGGCGGCGUCGGACGAGCUGGGAACCACUCUCGAUGUGGAUGUCGUGGGGCUCGUUGAUCUCGACUUCAAAAGUGAGCCUGACUUCUUUGACUUUGAUUCUGGUGGGGAAUUUGGAUUAUUUGGAGAAGCAGGAGUGGCACUGCACACCACAGCUUCAACUACUCCAAGCAAUCAGUCAUGCACUACUGCCUCUCAGGGAAGCACAGCUAUUGGAAGUGGUGGUAUUAGCUCCCAUAAUACAUAUGGAUCACCAAAUAAUAAAAGAAAUGCUACUGCCCGUAAAAGAAAAAGUCACUGGAAUUCAACUGAGAAGGAUCUAUUUCAGAAAGGACUGGAACUUUUUGGGCCUAACUGGAACAGAAUCUCAAAUUUUAUUGCUACAAAAUCAUCAGGACAAGUUCGUAGUUUUCACAAGAAAUGGGUUGAGACUUGCAGUGUUGUCCAAGAAGCUGAAAGUGUUGGAGAUAUGUGUGUGUUUAUGCCAUCAGAACAAGUUUGCAUUACCACAGACUUAGAUGAUCCUUUGGGUCUUAUAGAAACUGCUACAACAACUAUUACAACUACUCCACUGACUCCACCCAAAGAUCGAAAUAUUAAUGUUGAAUCUCGGGCUAUACGCUCCAGUGAAAAUGACAGUGAAGGGUUUAACUCUUCAAGUGACUGGUAUGUUCCAUCAGUUGGAGAAGAAUGGGUAAUAGAGUCAGAUGGUCUGAUAUCUGUAAAUCCUGAGACUUUUAAAAGUAAUUGGAAAAAGUCGCGAGAAGCAAAAAAGAAAACAAUUCAAAGCAAAUUAAAAAAGAAGAAAAACACAUCACAAAGUUCACAGGUGCCUUUUAAAUUGAAGUCUCCUCAAAAGCAUUCAACAAAGAAAAAUAUGCUCAAAAUUACAAUUGGUUCAAAUCAUAAUGAGAGAGAGCGAGCUUCAGAGCCAGAAAAUCCACCAAAGAAAGAAAAAAAGAAUGACUUGCCAAGGACUCCUAUACCAGUUCUGGGGCAGGUUGUUCACUUGGUUAAAAAUGAAAUGGAAGAAAGUGAUGUUGAUAUUGAUAUUAGUGAUGAAGAACAGCUGAUAAUUACUGAUAAGGCUCGUAGUGAUCCAGUAGUUAUUAAUAAGUCUGAAGACGGUGCUUAUCUUGAUGAAUCUUCAGAAAGCAGAGAGACCACAAAUCUGUGUGAAGAUUCUAAAACAGAAAAUAAACACCAGCAGGUUUUCACUUUUCCUCCUCCAACUGAAGAGAAAGAAUUAAAUUUAAAUGAAGUUACAGAUGAAGAGAAGAGAGUCCACUAUGAGUAUUUUGAUGGUAAAGGUGUAAAAACUCCUGAAAGAUACCUAAAAAUAAGAAAUUAUCUUAUUAGCUUUUGGAAACAGGUGAAACCUAGAUAUAUGAGAAAAACAGCAGUUCGUGCUGGGUUAAAGAAUUGUGGAGAUGUUAACUAUAUAGGUAAAGUUCAUGAAUACCUUGAAAAGAUUGGUGCUAUUAAUUUUGGGUGUCCAGAGACCAGUUAUGAUACACCAUUAAUUGUUGGUGUCAAACAGAAGGAGAGAAUAAUUAUACCAAGUAAACCUGUAACAAAAGUAGAUCGUUCAGAAAUGAUUCGACAAAAACAAAAGAAGAAAUGGGAUGCUUCAAUGAGUGAAGGAGGUGGUCUUACAAUUAGUCAUGAUGAAUCUGGAGCAGUUGUGGAUGCUUGUCAUAUUCCUGAAGCACCUCGCAAUAAAGCAGGUCGUGGAACUGGCCGAGUUGGUGGAAGGCUAGAGCAAUUUAAAUUGAUUCGCUGUCUAGAAUAUAACCCAGACACUUUAGCUCCAUUUUCUGUUGUCAUGCAUGCUCAUGCAUUAAUUACACUAGAUCUCCAUGCCCACACAUCCCAUGCUGAAGUGAUGGGGUUACUAGGUGGCUAUUAUGAUCCUGCUGCACAGACACUUUAUGUGACUGUUGCAGUACCCACCCAAGCAGUUAGUUCUGGUGUGGAGUGUGAUAUGUGCCCUGUAUCUCAGAGUGCUGCAUGUACUGCUAUUCACGAGGGUGGUGUACAAGUAGUAGGCUGGUACCACUCGCAUCCAACUUUUCCACCUAAUCCAUCUGUUCAAGAUGUUGACACCCAAAAUCAGAUGCAGCAGUGGUUUGCACGGCAAGAGGCUCCAUUCUUAGGCAUUAUAGUAAGUCCCUUUUGUCCCACAAAUCGCAGUGAAGCUUCUCAGAUUCGUUGUAUUGUGUUAGAUAAAUCUCCACAUGGUAGCUCUGUGAACGAAGGGCUAGAAUCAUCCCGCUCCCCAUAUAAGUUGCUCUGGUCUGUAAGUGAGCUAAUUCCUGGUGCAUGGGAAGAAGUCUGCCAAGGUGUAAGAUCAGUAGUUGCAGGAGCUAGAGAUGAUUCCAUGGCUGUAGAGUGGAGAGGAGAGUGGCGUGGGCAGUUGACUUUCUGGGAAAAAGCCAUAGCCUCUAUAAAUCAUCAUCUGCCGUUGCAUCUGCACGGACCAUUGCAGUCCGUUCGAACCACUUUUCUUGCUGCUGUUAGAGAGUGCUUGGAUGCUUAGUGAUAGAGAAAGGUUUAUUCUGGUAAUGUGAAUGUAAAGUGUAAAGAUUUCAUAAAACUGGCUUCUUGUAAGUUAACAUAAAAGUUUAUACAGUAUUAAAGUAGUUACUCAGGUCAGUCAUCUCUCAAUUUGAUGAUCAUUUUUAUUUGGUAGAUGUAUUUAUUUACUAUACUUGUUAAUAUGCUUUAAGCUCAUCUUAUGUAUGCGAGGGAAAAAUAUUGUGUUGAGGGGUAUUUGUUAAUGAAUGUUAAUUUAAUUGCUAACUACGUCACCUACAACUGCACUGGAAAACCGUUUAGAAUUUUUAUUCCAUGGACUUUUACCAUUAACUGAUUAAUACAUUACUACUUCUUGCACAUCAUCAGGCACAUUACAGUACUGUAUUCUGAACAUUUAUCAGACACAAUACAGAAAUCAGUCUUUUGUUGAUCAUCAAAUCUAGAAGAAUUGUGCCAUAUAUUUUUCAACAUGAAUGAUCAUAAUCAUUUACUAACAUUGAAUAAAGUCUGAAUAUACUGAUUCAAUAGGUGUUCCGUGUUUCUGUUUAAUAGGACUAUUGAUAGCCGAUUUUUAUUAAAAGUUGUCUGGUAGAAAAAAACCAGUACUUUGAAUUUUGUAUUUAAAGAAGAUUUAGCAAAUUUUAAAAAGACCAUUUGUAUGAAUAUGGACUAUUGAAAGUCAUGUGGUUAACUUCAUAGGAUCAAUUCUAUAGUAUGAUGGCCGAGUUCCUUGUCUGAAACUUUGCAGGAAUACACAUAUUACAGUACUGUUAUAUCUGAGUUGGCAAACAACUAUAAAUGACUAGGCCACAUUUUUGUGCAUCACAAGGAGUUAAAAGAAACUUUAACGAUAACCAUAAAAAAAAAAGUCAAGAUGAUUUCUAAUUGUCAAAUAGUGUCUUACAAAAUCUGGGAGAUUAUCAUACUUAUAAAAACAAAAUUAUGAAAUUAUACCUCAAAAUAAAGUUCACUCUAUUGUAUUUUUAAAGUCUUGAAAUCAAGAUGUGAUUUGUGUCAUUAUGAUGUACACUAUUGACCACCGGGAUGAUAAAACCCGAGUUUAAUUUUUUAAGGCAUUGUAGGUUAUUUAGGUUAAAUUGCUGUAGUAAGUACAGAACUAGUCAUUCACAUUAAGUCUCCAGACAAAACUAACUUGCAAUGGAUGCAACUCUAAUACUGUAUCAAAAAUGGUCGAUUACAUAUUUUCAUAAUUGAAUUACUGUAUGUACAGUAAGUGAUGAGUAUUUCUUUGUCUAAAUUGUAUCCCUAUUCAAAUGUAAACCAAUCCAGUAUCCAAUAUAUUAAAAGUAGCAGAGUUUUGAAAGUUAUAGUUUAUUAUAAAGGCCAAUGAAGAGGUUUAUGAAAAAUGUAAAUUGCUGGCACUUUCAAUAUUAUACAAAUUUUGGGGGACACUUUGAUCUGUUAAUGUUAACAUGGAGCAUGUCUUUAAAAGGUACUAUUAUUUUAAUGGUUAUAAAUUAUAUGUUACACAUUAAACUGCUACAUGUGUACCGAGGUUUCCCAUCUUUUAUAGUUUGUAAAUAUAUACUGUAUAGAUAUUACCAUUGAACUAAUAAUCAAAUUUAAAGCUUCUUCGUUUUAGAAGUUAGCUAGGAAUAUUAUUGUGAAUAGAUAUUUUUAACAUUAUUUUUUAGAAUUUCUUAUUGUAUGCACUGUAUCAUAUAUCUGAGUGUUAUUGUUAAAUAUCAGACUAAUUAUGAUAUUCUUCAAGAUAAAUUAUCACAUAAAAUCUUUUGUUAAACAGUAUUUCAUUAUAUAUUUGACAUCAUGUAUCAUUUGUUUUGGAUUUAGUUUGUAAUCCAUUAUUAACCUUGCCAUUUAUUAAUGAAGUUGAUGGCAAUUGAAAUUACUGGUAUUUUUAUCAUCCUAAAGGACCAAGAGAACUUUACUUAAUAUCCUUUGUAUUUACUUGUAAGAGGCUGCAAUGAAAUUGUAAAAUUUUGAAAAUGAAAUGGGUUUCCGGUUGAUGGCACACUUGGAUGAACCUUAGUAAGUUUCAAAGUCAACUUUUAUUUUAUCCAGGAUUUGCCCAAUAUCUAACACAGUAUUAUAUUUUAAUAUAAUAUGAUAAAAUGA